AUGGACUAUCAGAACCGAGCGGGAAACAAGGGCGCUGGUAUAGCAAAUGCCAGCGAUGCAGCAAUAGAUCGGCGUGAGCGUUUGCGGCGCUUGGCCAUGGAAACGAUCGACAUUUCCAAGGAUCCGUACAUUCUUCGGAAUCAUUUGGGCGGACUGGAAUGCCGUCUGUGCCUCACAAUGCAUGCAAAUGAAGGAUCCUACCUCGCACAUACCCAGGGAAAGAAACAUCAAACAAACCUCCAGCGUCGUGCUGCUCUUGGAGCGCGGACAAAUGAUGCGCAGAACAGAGCAGCUAGUGCACUUCUCGCACCAGCACCUGAGAUGCCAAAAAAGACCUUCGUCAAGAUUGGGCGGCCUGGCUAUAGAAUAACCAAGAUUCGCGAGCCCAUCUUGCCCGUUGACAUGGAUGGCAGCGACGUUGAUGGUGCAGUCCCCAACACCGCGGCUUCUACUGCUGCUGGCACUAGCGAUGACAAGAGUGACAGUCACAAGAAUAUUGACGCUGUGGCUCAGCAGCAUGCACGAGCAACAAGUGGGCGUGUGGGUCUUGUUUUUGAGGUAAGCCUACCAGAAAUCAAAGAAGACGUGAUACCGCUGCAUCGAUUCAUGAGCAGCUUUGAACAGCGCAAAGAAGCGCCGAAUAGAGCGUGGCAGUAUCUCCUCGUGGCUGCUGAGCCAUACGAAACGAUCGCAUUCAAGCUGCAGAGUCGAGAGAUCGAUCGAUCACACACGCUCACCCUGCCGGGUGUGCCUGUGCCUGAGCAACGAGAUGAGCCAUGUACGUGGAGUCAUUGGGAUCCAUUCCAAAAGACCUAUACCAUCCAGGUUCUGUUUCGGCCCUUGUAG